CACUCUAGUAGUUUCAUCGAAAAAACCUAUCAGUCUAGUAGUCUUCCAAUGGAUUACAACUUUUACAUCUUCUUCUCUACACUACUUGCCAUAUUCUUCACAACUACUAUUCUUGCAGUCUUCUUUCGUGCUUAUAAAUCAAAAUCCGAUGAAAAAUCCACCAACCUUCCCCCAGGCAGUUUCGGGUGGCCGAUUAUCGGCGAAACCUUUGCCUUCCUAUACGAUGACCAUGAAAAGUUUGUAGGAGAAAGAAUGAAGAAAUACUCCUCCAAGAUCUUCAAAACCAAAAUACUAGGGGAGCCAACCGUGGUGUUAUGUGGCACUGCCGGUCACAAAUUUGUGGCCUCCAAUGAAGAUAAGCUCUUUGCAGCAUGGAGACCUCACUCCAUGCAAAGGCUCUUCCGCUCUUCUUACCAAAAAGCUGCUUCCACUGUCAUACCGAGAAUAAGUGAAAUGCACGUAUCUCGAGCACCGGGGUUUCUGAGAGCGGAAGCCCUCGUUGGCUACGUGGGGCAGAUGGAUGCGAUGGUUCUCGACCACCUGAAAAUGUACUGGGAUGGCAAACAGGUGGUUGAGGCUCAUCGCCUCUCGCAGCUACUCGUCUUGACUCUCGCGACUAAGUUCUUCAUGGGACUCGAAGACCAUGGUCGUAUUGAUAAGCUUGUAGAUCUGAUGGACACCAUGAUGCUGGCACUUCACACUAUGCCGGUGAAUAUUCCAGGGACUGUGUUUUAUCGAGCAAUGAAAGCAACGCAGGCUGCAAGGGAGAUAUUUCAGUCGUUUAUUAAGGAGAAGAGAGCAGCUAUUGCGUCUACCGGAAACAAAGUGCAUGAUGUUUUGUCCUAUAUGAUUUCUACUCCAGAUCCGGGUACCGGUAAGUUUAUGCCGGAUAAUGAAAUUGCUGAUAAAAUUAUGGGGAAUGUGGCAGCUUCGUUCAACUCUCCGGCCAUGACUACUACUUUUAUCGUCAAGUUCCUCGCCCAGAGACCUGACAUUUAUGAAAAAGUCCGACUAGAACAACUGGAGAUUUUGAAGUCCAAGAAAUCUGGGGAGCCACUCAACUGGGAGGACAUGCAAAAAAUGAAGUAUUCGUGGAACGUAGCCCUAGAGGCGAUGAGGAUCAUACCACCUCUUCAGGGAACCUUUAGAGAGGCUGCAAAAGACUUCACUUACCAAGGUUAUACAAUUCCAAAAGGAUGGAAGGUCUACUGGACAGUGAGCACCACAAACAUGAACACUGAAUAUUUUGCAGCGCCAGAAGAGUUCGAUCCGACAAGAUACGAGAAAACAAGUCUUCCUCCUUACACAAACAUCCCAUUCGGGAGCGGCCCUCGAAUUUGCCCCGGAAAGGACUACGCUCGUCUGCAAAUUCUUAGCUUCAUGCACCACCUUGUUAUAAGAUUCAAAUGGGAACUUGUAAACCCUAACUGCAAGAUCACAGGUGGUAUGAAUCCCUUUCCAGUUGAUGGGCUCAAGGUUCGCCUCCAAGCUCAACCCCUUCCAGCUUAACUUGUACUACGUACGCACGUACGUAGAGUUGCAAGCAUUAAGCAUUGAUUUAGACAUCCCUGUACUGUACUCUACGUAUAAAUACGUGUAUAAUAAACGCCACUCUGAGGAGUGUACGUAAACCCCCUAGCCCUUGACCUAUAGUCAAUAGCUGCCCUUUUCAAUUUUAUGUUGCCCUUUUAUUUUAUCUCUGUUGUACGUCAUAAACAUUAUCUGUCUUGAUUUUGUUCGU